UGUUAUUUCAUGGCUCUGUUUUGUGCGAUCAGAAUGAGCUGCUGCUGCUUUGGAAGCAACUAUUUAUUUUUGGCAUCUGACAUUAAGGCUCACCCUCAGCCAUGGCAGCAGCCCCACAAUCAGCACCGGGGUCUGACUGGAGCUCCGCGUGCGUCCUUGUGAUCAGACCCACUGACAAUAAUGGAUCUAAUUUAUAACAGGGACUAACCGACACGGGACACGAACUGUCACACCUAAAAGUGUUGCAGCAGCAUCACAGACAUCAUGACCAAAGAUGAGGAGGUCCCCGACUGGGUGGGAGCCCAGGAGUUCUACGAGAAGUACGAGACCAAGGAGAUUCUGGGCAGGGGAGUAAGCAGCGUGGUGCGUCGCUGCAUCAACAAGCGGACGUCUCAGGAGUAUGCGGUGAAGAUCAUCGACAUCACCCCCUCGGACAAGGUGACCCCGCAGGAGAUGGAGGAGAUCAGAGAGGCCACGGCGAAGGAGAUCGACAUCCUGAAGAAAGUCUGCGGACAGCACAACAUCAUACAGCUCAAAGACUGCUAUGAAUCAAAAGCCUUCUUCUUCCUAGUUUUUGACCUGAUGAAGAGGGGUGAACUUUUUGACUACCUGACAGAGAAAGUUACUCUGAGUGAGAAGGAAACAAGGAACAUCAUGCGUCCUCUGCUGGAGGUGGUGGAGUACCUCCACCACCAGAACAUCGUCCACCGCGACUUGAAGCCUGAGAACAUCCUCUUAGAUGACGAGAUGAAAAUCAAACUCACAGACUUUGGCUUCGCUGUGCAAGUCCAGCCGGGACAGAGACUCAAAGAGGUGUGUGGGACCCCUGGAUACCUGGCCCCUGAGAUCAUCCAGUGCUCCAUGGACGGGGGGCAUAAGGGAUACGGUACUGCUGUGGACAUGUGAGUGAGCAGAGACAAGCAAGUUGU